AUGUCAUCACAUACCACUGUUAAAGCUGCUAACUGGAGAUUCGUUGAAUUAGGACGUGUUGUCUUGAUUAACAACAAGGAAUUAGCUACCGUUGUUGAAAUUAUCGACCAAAAGAGAGUUUUGAUUGAUGGACCAAAGGUUCAAAGACAAGCCAUCCAAUUAGGAAAGGUUGUCUUAACCCCAAUUGUUUUACCAAACUUACCAAGAGGUGCCAGAACCGGUAUCGUCAACAAGAAAUGGGCUGCUGCCGAUGUUGACUCCAAGUGGGCUGCUACCUCAUGGGCUAAGAAGUUAGCUUCCAGAGAAAAGAGAUCCCAAUUAUCUGAUUUCGAAAGAUUCCAAGUCUUAGUCUUAAAGAAGCAAAGAAGAUUUGCUGUCAAGAAGGCUGUUGCUAAGGCUUAA